AUGCUUCACUUCGUACGAUCUAGGCCUCGCCCUGCUGGCUCCCGCCCCCCCCGUCCUAACCUCCCCCUUAGUCCUCAUGCUCGGGCACGAGCUCACACACACGAAGCUCAGGCUGCGUUUACCAGGUUAUGGGGGUUAGUUAAUGGCAAUAUUGACCCGGUUAGUGGGUGGCCUACUGCCCUACAAUGGCUGAUUGAGUUUUAUGAGGGGUAUAUCCAGACUGGAGCUGAAUUUAGAUGGCCUGUGACCUCCCUAGGUACUGGAGGGAAUAACUCUCUCGUACGGUAUGCUGGUCCUCGAGGUGGUGUUUCACAGACUCCAUUUCCAGUGGGAAGCCCUCUUUUUGCCCGUUUCGUACACAGCGACGAAGGCCGCGCCUUACUUACCUUAACCGGCCAUGACGUCCCGUUUAUGGUUGGCCGUAUUCGGGGCGCCCAGCUUACGAGUAUGCGCCCGUCGUACGUGAAUGCUUUACUGAUACAAUCUCGUGGAUGGGAGCUUAUUACCGAGUGCGAUGAGUGUGCUGAUAAGCGCCGUCGUACAGGGAGCCCAUCCCCAUUCCCGAUCUGCUCCCGUGCACCGGGGCAUUUCGACGGAGCAUACGGUAACUGCAAGUUCCAGGAUCAUGGAUUCCGCUGCUCCGUACGAGACGGCACUGGUAACCGGAAUAGGACACGAAGAGCGGCCGCUCUCCCAGCUCGGAGCCCCCUUCCACAGUCUCAGUUAGCCAUUAGGACAGCCGCUAAUCCCGUCGACCUGGAUGAUGACGACGACGUCAUCAUCAUUAACUGA